UUUCAAACUAGAAUGGCGACGGCGGUGUGCGGUCUACAGUCCACCGGCAACAGCAGCAAACCGGGGAAAACACACCGAGAACACCGGCGGAAAGCGAAGGAUUCCAGGAGGAGACAAGCGGCUCUGUUGUUUCUAACUAACAUCUCUCUCGACGGGCGGCCGCAGUGUCUGCUCAGCGAUGCAAACACCGAGCAAAAACCCGCCGAGGAGCAGCGGGACGGCGGCGUCACGGUGCUGUCCCCGCCGGAGGACGGCCAAGAGCCGGCCGCACAGGUGACAGAGCCCACCGGGCAUGGCUCGUCCUCCAGCUUCCCCGGGGCGGUCAGCCCGGUCGGACCUGCUGCGGGGGCCAACGAGGUGUUUCUGGAGGAGACGCUGCCCCCGGACACCCCUCUGUCUCCCGGUACCGCCGGACACCAGCCCUGCUCCCGGGUCAGGUCAACGCCCGCCGCCGCCAUCAGCCCGGCCCCGACCGGAAGCUCCCUGGAUGCCCGGCAGAGGUUGAGGAAUGUCUCUGGUUCUCCUGGACCCAAGGUGCCAAAGAAAGUCCACUUCAUCAAGAGUAUGAGACAGUAUGAUACCAGGGGAUGUAGGAUCGUGCUGAUUUGUGCCAAGCGGUCGCUAUAUGCUGCUUUCUCAGUGCUGCCCUAUGGAGAGAGUGCUCACCUCAGUGAUCCUAAGAUGGAGGCUCAGAGACAGAGGUUGUCUUCUGUGGUGGCUGCUGACCUGCUUCCUUCACUGGAAGGCAUGGAGCUCGGAGACUAUGGCAAGACGGUGUCGUACGCUCAGUUCCUUUACCCGACCAAUGCCUUGGUGAGACAGAAGAGCGGCGGUGCACCAGAGAACGUCACAGCUCAGACUCCACAGUCCCGUUUCCGUUGCAACGGGCAGAGGAACUUCACCCCGGCUCGUCCGAACAACAGUGUGGGACAGGACCCAUGUAUAGAGGAGGUGGUAGAAUACGAUCCUAACCUACUCAGUGACCCUCAGUGGCCCUGUGGGAGACACAAGAGGGUUCUGACAUUUGCAUCAUAUGUGACGACUGUUGUUGAGUAUGUGAAACCAUCUGACCUGAAGAAGGACAUGAAUGAAAUUUUCAAGGAGAAGUUUCCUCACAUCAAGUUGACUCUCAGCAAAAUAAGAAGCCUGAAGAGGGAGAUGCGGGCCAUGAGCGAGGACUGCGGUCUACAGCCGGUCACCAUAGCGAUGGCUUUUGUUUACUUUGAGAAGCUGGUGCUGCAGGGCCGCCUCAACAAGCAGAACAGGAAGCUGGUGGCCGCUGCAUGCGUGCUGCUGGCUGCUAAGAUCAGCAGCGACUUGCGGAAGCCAGAAGUCAAACAGCUCAUUGAUAAGCUGGAGGAGCGUUUCCGCAUCAACAGGCGGGAGUUGAUUCCGCUGGAGUUCCCGGUGCUGGUUGCCUUGGAGAUGGGACUUUACCUACCUGAGAGUAAGGUCAUGCCACACUACCGCAGGCUGGUGCAGCAGGGCUAGACUGCAUACGGAGACGUCUGGCAAUCCGCUGGUUUCAUUAAUAGUGUAACGUCAACGCGUGUGUGGUGAAGUAAUUGGGACUGUUUGUGUGGUGGGUCGACCAGUUCAUAAGCUGUGGUGUUUGAAACAAAUAACUCUGAUGCUAUUUAUUUUCUGUCGGUCGUGGCUGAAGUCUAUCACUGUUUAUGAAGGAUAAACUAGUUUACACUCAUAUUUUAGACUUGAUGGCAUGUUUGUCUCCCUGAAUGUCUUUUUUUUUUUUUUUUUUUUUUACGUGUGACGUUGGUGAUGCGGUCAUGAACUCUAUGUUAGAGAUGUUUGAUGAGCACGUUAAUUGUGCUUUUAUUUUGGUAUCCCGUGACCCUUUUUAUUUUUUUGGUACGGCCUGGUAUUCUUAAACUAUUUAAAUGAAACGUACGCUGUGAUGUUUGUGGAAGACUCUUCACCUUUCUCAUGACUAUACACAGUCUGUAUAAUACUUCGAAAUACAAGGAACCAUACUUUUGAUUUUGUAAAUGCCUUUUUGAACCCACUGUGACAUUGAAGUAAUUUUAACCCUGAGACUGAAACAUGAUACUGUAAAUUGUUGGUGGAAAGAGGCAGCCUUUAAUUUAUGUUUAUUCAAUACUUGUACGUCCAACAGUAAUCCAGCCACUUUCAUAUAUUUAUAUUGUAAAAAAGAAAAAUAAUAGUUCAGCAGUUAGUGGCAGCUGUGUUUCCAGACUGUGCCAAUAUACAGUAAAGCCACUGUUGUAAUGUAAGAAAACAGGAGCGAGGAGGCGUUAUUUAUAGUAAAUGUGAUUUCUUUUUAACCAGGAAUGUUUUUAUAAAAAUAAAAAUAAAAAACACUGUACUGGAGUUUAUUCCUCAAUAGUCUUGCUAUUUGACGGAUGUUUCAGUUCUCAGGAAUUUUACUUUCUCAUAAAUCUAACCCAAAGAUGUUUUAAAUGUAUUACCGUUGCUAUAAUCACUGAAAUCACCUGUGCUCCCAUUGUAAAUUAAUGAAAGGUAACUUAAUUGUUUUGCUUUGACAGAUAAAUACAAGUACCACACUGUAUUAACAUGACUGCAGUUGCCACUUAUUGUGUAGUGAUUCUUGAGAUUUAGGUGUUCAUGUAUGUAAAGAAAAAGUGCCUGAAACUACAGUGGCAGUGAAAUUCUCACCCGUCUUAUCACGAGUGACAUUUAAUGUUGACCUUUCUGAGUAUUGCUGCUGUAGAGAUCUUUAAGCGUUGUGGUUGUUCUGGUCUGGGAGAGAUAAUCCUAAACAUUUUUUGUGGUAAAUAAUGUAUUACGAUAAACAUCCGAAUCUAUGUACCUGCAGAAAAUGUUGUAUUUGUAUGGUUGGUGUCAAAUGGGUAUUUAUUCA